UCCCUUUAACACAGAUCCUCAAAACAAUAAAAAGGAGAAGGUAGAAGUAAAAAAGAGUUUUAGGUAGAAUUCAAACUCUGAAAUAGGAUCAGAGUUGCAACAUUUAAGCUUGCAAGUUGCAACUCAGAUCCUGAGAAUAAAAACAAUAAAGUGAGAAACAAACUUUCUCUCAACGAACACAACAUUGAUUUUGCCUUUUUGUAUAUUAGAAUUGAAUUAGAACAUCCGAAACACGCCACCACUCACUCUCCUUCUUCUUCCUUUUUCUGUUUGAAAGUUGGAACCGUUACCUCACCAACCGCUUCACCAAAACCACACUGUUUACUCAAAAACUCUCAUUUUAUUAAUUUCAUUUUUUCUUCAAUAAAACUAGGGAUUUUAGAUUGUUCUGGCUGAGUUUGUGAUGGCGGAACAGAGUCGGACCGGUGGUGGUGAGUCGUCUUCGCCGGAGACCGGAAUUCCGACCGGUUUGAACCGGAUUAAGACUAGGCGGCUUGAGUCGAAGGAAAGGCCGAGUUCAAGGCUUGUAGUAGAUUCCGAUAAGUUGAAUGAGUCUCCUCGUUCUGGAGCUUCCACGCCUCGUUUGAAGCAGGAUCAAAGAGCUGCCGCAAAAGGACGAAAAGGACACCGUAAAGGCAGGAAGAUAGCUAGUUGGUUUGCGUCAUAUAUCUUUAAGGAUUUAGAUCAAGCUGGUAGUGGAAUUUCCGUAAAUCAGGGUACUGACAAGCAGGGUCCUGGAAGGAAUGUGCAUAAGAUGGGGAAGCAUGUGACAAUGAGGCAAUCUUCCCAAGGAGCAAUGCCUAAUAGUAAAGCAAGCAAAACAUUCAAAAGUUUUUCACACGAGCUAGGUCCAAAAGGUGGAAUUCAACCUUCACCUCCGCGAGCUCACAGCUAUAAUGAUCUAAAGGAGCUGAUUGGAUCUCUUCGUUUAAGAUUUGAUGCUGCUAAAGAAGCAGUGAACACAGAGCUAGGCGGUUUCUUGCAGGAGGUUGUAGAAAUUGUACAGAAGAAUGAGAAGAAUGAUUCCUUGCCUCUGGAUGGACAAAAGAUGGCUGGAGAACUUGUUGUUCUUGCUCAAGAUUGUAUCAAAAUGACGUGCUUAGAAUUCCGCUCCAAGUGUGAAGCAAUUGUCCAGGACCUGACUAUGAAAAGACAAGAAUGCCAAAUGGGUCUUUUGAAAUGGUUGUUGACACGCAUGCUUUUUAUAUUGACACGGUGCACAAGGCUGUUGUAUUUUGCUAAGGACAGUGAGCCAGUUGAUGAGACAUCUCUGGCCAAGCUUAAAGAAUGUCUAAAUAGAAUUCCUUCUAUUAAAACAGAUUGGGUUCUCAAGCGAGGGAUAUCUGAUUCGGAAGCAGGUUGUACUUUGAACACAAAGGCUGCUGGCAAAUGCAGUUCGGAGGAAGAAAAGACUUCGAAAUUUUCCUCCCACACACAUCAGCAGAAAUCUGAAUUUCUCUUGGAUGGAAGUGUCACUACACUAGAAAAAGAUCCCAUGUUUAUUGAACCAACAUCAUCUUUUAUUAACCAUCCUGACAUUCAGUCUAACAUGAAAUCAUUAAACCAUAUCAGCGACCGAAUUAGUGGAGAAUUGAAAAACGAGUGUAGACAACAGUAUUCAGAUGAUUCUUUGGUGAUAUGUAGAAUUUGUGAGGAACUUGUUCCCACUAUUCAUUUGGAGCCUCAUUCCUAUAUAUGUGCUUAUGCAGAGAAAUGUGAUUCGAAAUCUCUAGAUGUAGAUGAGCGCCUUCUGAAAUUUGCAGAGUUACUGGAUCAGCUUGUGGAGUCACGUAAUUUAGGAUUUCAUGCAACGUCUGAGAUCCAAGAAAAUUCAAAAGUGAAAAAUGCAAAUUCUGGGAAUACAUCUGAAGGUUAUUCACCAAAUAUGGGUGAGUGGAGAAGCAAAGGGAUAGAUGGAAUGUUUGAGGAUCUUCAUGAGAUGGAUACGGCCAGUAUAGAAGAUUCUCCAUUAGCAGCAUUCGUUAAUUUGAAGAGUCACUUGGGUGCAAAGUUUAAUCAUUGUGGUCCACCAUCUUCAACAGGGAGCAUGACAUCAGUAUCCUCCACAAAUACCCCUCGGGCAGUAAAUUUUGACUUCUGGUUAGAGCAUAGCAAUCUUUCUGAGCUAGAGGAUGUCCAGCAGAUGGCUGAUUUAGCAGAUAUUGCACGUUGUGCGGCCGGCACAGAUCUUUCAGAAGAAGGAUCUCAUGAGCUUUUAAUUGCUUUCAUGCAAGACCUACAAUAUACUUUACAAAAUAACAAGCUAAAAGCUCUUGUAGUAGAUACAUUUGGGGGACGAAUAGAGAACCUUUUGCGAGAGAAAUAUAUACUUGCUUGUGAUCUAGUGGGUAGAAAAGACGGUUUUGGAAAUUCAGAAGGCUCCAAAAUAUUAGUGGAUAAUUCAUCUCAUUCCAGUAUAAUGUCAACUCCUUCAAGUUCAUCACACAAAGAAAGAACAAGCAUUGAUGAUUUUGAGAUUAUCAAACCAAUCAGCAGAGGUGCCUUUGGCAGAGUUUUUCUGGCACGCAAGCGGUCAACUGGAGAUUUAUUUGCAAUUAAGGUGCUCAAGAAAUUAGAUUUGUUGCGAAAGAAUGAUAUUGAGCGCAUAUUGGCAGAACGCAAUAUAUUGAUUACUGUCAGAAACCCUUUUGUGGUCCGAUUUUUUUAUUCAUUCACCAGCAGAGACUACCUUUAUUUGGUCAUGGAGUAUCUUAAUGGCGGUGAUCUAUUCUCUCUGCUUAAAAAAGUUGGUUGCCUUGAGGAAGAUGUAGCUCGAACCUAUGUCGCGGAAUUGGUCCUUGCUCUGGAGUACCUUCAUUCUUUAGGAAUCGUCCAUCGUGAUCUCAAGCCAGACAACAUAUUAAUUGCCCAAGAUGGGCAUAUAAAGCUUACAGAUUUUGGUUUGUCGAAAAUUGGACUAAUGAACAGUACGGAUGAUCUAUCUGGACCCGACACAAAGGAUGUAGUGCUUCCUGAUGUUCCAGAUCAUCUAUUGGACAAAUCUCAACGGUCAGCUGUUGGUACCCCUGACUAUUUGGCUCCGGAAAUUCUUCUUGGAACUGAGCAUGGUAGCGCUGCUGAUUGGUGGUCAGUAGGAAUCAUUUUGUUCGAACUCAUCACUGGGUUUCCGCCUUUCAAUGCCGAGCACCCUGAGGUUAUCUUUGAUAAUAUUCUUAACAAGCAAAUCCCCUGGCCCUUUGUCCCAGAAGAGAUGUCCCUUGAGGCACAAGACUUGAUUGACAGGCUUCUUGUUCAUGACCCAAAUCUGCGCCUUGGAGCAAAAGGAGCAUCAGAGGUAAAAGCACACCAAUUUUUCAGGGGAGUUGACUGGGAUAAUCUUGCCUUACAGAAGGCAGCCUUUGUACCACAGACUGAUGGUGUUGAUGACACAAGCUAUUUCGUAUCCCGGUAUGGUCUAAGUGGAGUGCAAGAUGGUGAAGAUUGUAAUGAUUCUGCUUCCGACAGCUCUGAGUUCUCGUCAAACUUUGCACUUGAGAAUAUGGAUGAAUGUGGUGAUCUUGCUCAAUUUGAUCCUUCUCCUCUUGAUCUAUCCUUGAUGAAUUUUUCUUUCAAGAAUCUCUCUCAGUUGGCAUCCAUCAACCAUGAUAUGCUCUUACAAAGUGGCUUCGAUUCGUCAAGGUGCUCAUCUCCCUGUAAGGGUACAAGUGAAUAAGCUACAUUCUCUUAGUUUCAUCUAUGCGAAUAAAUGGAACUAAAAAAGUAUUGUAAAGGGGGACGUACCCUGCCAUCCACAAGGACAUUUGUCAGAUCUCUCAUACAACAACAACAACGACCUAGUGAAAUCUCACUAGUGGGGUUGUCAGAUCUCUCAUACAGGAAAAAAAAAAUGGAUGAUAUUCGCUAUACCUGGAAUGUGGAAUGUAACAUUCUAAUGCAACAUCUCACAACCAAAGCUUAUAGUUUAGUGGUACUGGCAGAUGUCAUUCACACAAUAUAUGUGGGUUGGAUUCUCACUGUCCAAUUUUCCUCCCCUUUUCUCAUGUAAUAGAAAAUAAAAUAAAGAAUUAAAGAUACUCAACAUUCUCGUCGUCUAGGUUGGAGGUUAUUUCUUUCA